AUGCCGCUGAAAGUAAUUGGCGCUGGUUUCGGACGUACCGGUACUGAAAGUACGAAAACUGCACUCAAUUUACUUGGAUUCAACUGUUAUCAUAUGACUGAAGUGGUAAAAGUAGGUCGCAAGUCAAUGCCAUUAUGGAUAAAAGCUGCUGAUGAUCCAUUCGCAGCUGAAUGGGAACAAAUAUUCGACGGCUAUAAUGCCACAGUGGAUUGGCCAGGUGCUCAUUUCUGGAAAAGUUUGAUUGAAUAUUAUCCGGAUGCUAAAGUCAUUCUGAAUGUUCGUGAUGCUGAAAAAUGGUAUGACAGUGUUAAAAAUACUAUAUAUAGACUUAGUGGAAGUUUAGUAUUCAAAAUCGGAGGAAAGCUGAUUCCAAAUAUGUGGCACAUGGAUGAACUUGUACGAAAGAUCGUAUGGAUUGGAACAUUUAAGAAUCGAUUUCCAGAUAAAUCAUAUGCUAUCGAAAUAUACAAUUCUCAUAAUGAAGAAGUUAAACGUAUUGUUCCGAAGGAUCGGCUACUUGUGUUUGAAGUCAAACAAGGAUGGGAACCAUUAUGUCGAGUUCUAAAUUGUCCUGUUCCUGAUAUACCAUUUCCAAAUGUAAAUGACAGACAAUCUAUGGAAAAGAGAUUCACAGACUUCAAGAAACAAAUCUUCAUGAUAUCUACAAUAAUAAUAGUAAUUAUUGCAGUUUUAGUCUUCUAUUUUUUUCAUUGAACACUAUUCUAAUGAUAUGAGUAUGACUUUUUCAUUGAGUUCGAUCAGUGAAUAGGUUUGUUUCAUUGUAUCAUGCUUUACUCAUGUCGGAUAGACUAUAUUUUUUUUAGUAUCGUUAGAUUGAAAGGAGAUUAUUGUGAGUGAGCAGUUAUAUAUACGGAUAUUUUAUUGAAAUAUUUUUUAACUAGAGCUAAGGAAAGUGUAUUUACAAUAAAUAAAAGUCUUUCAUUUGAGCUGGUUCUCAAUUGCGAAAAUAGUAUUUAUUUUAGAUUUUUAAGUAAUAUAGAAAUGCACAAUAUGGACUGCAAUCGUGAUUAAGCUAAAAACAUUGAAGGAUUAUUGUAGCACCAUUUGCUAACAAGUUAGAUCGAAAUAAGAUGUUAAUUUAAUUGUUUUCUUGUAUAUUAAUGAAAUCAUUAUAAAGUUCUUCCAAGAGUCGUCUUUUAUCAUCUUUUAAGUGUCUUCAAAAUGUAAAAUGUGAUGCAUAAAUUAUGAUUUGUAUCGAACUCACCUUCGAAUAUACUAUCAACUUAUAUAAACAAGUUAUUAGAUCUAUUUUGAAUUGUGACUCAAAAUUCUGUUAUAUAUGAGUAUCUAUUUUAACAAAAACUUGUAGAACCAUUUAAACUUCCUACAAUCAAUUUUAAAUUAAUCAUCUUUCAUUGUGACAAACGGUCAACUUUAGUAGUACGAUCUUAUUCUGAAAUUCAGUAGUGAAUGAUAUGAUCCAUUGAUGAAGCAAUCGUUUUCAUUUAUGUAGAAAUGGAUCACCCUACAUAAUUUCAUAUCUAGACAGAAGAACAUGAAAAUAUGUAUUGAUCUUUUUCUAUUAUGGAAUAGCUGGUAUUAUUAUAUUAUCUUGAAUCAUGUUUCGGAAAUAAUUUUUCAAUAAUGGCUGAAUGUUGAUGUUAGUAAUACAGAUGAGUUAUUCGUACUAUCAAAAUUUAGUCACCAUGAUGGGGUAAAUGUCCAACCAGUGUUACAUUUUCACUCAAUACUUACGAAGGAAGGUCCCCAAGUGUGAGUCUCCGUUUCGAAUCGGGUAUUUGUUAUUUUCUAGAGCUCAAUGAGUACAGUACCCGCGUAUAAAGAAUUUCUGCACAUGGUGAACUUUUCAGGAACAACGAGGUUCCAUACCUUCUGAAAAAUCAGCAUAAGACUCUUAACUGAAGGCUUGAAUUUUAAUAUUGUAAGGACAAAACAUAGUGUUGCUCAGCCCAAUCGGUGGUUAUCAAUGAUGCUCUUUCAUAUGGCCCGAAUAACACCAUGUUUUGUUC